GGAAUUUAAUAAACCCCCUAAGUUAUUCUCCCACAAGGAAAUGGAUGGGGUGUAUUUAAGCUCUUUCCUGCUUUCCCCCAUGGAAAUAAAACCCACCCAGUUUUCAUUAGGAAUUAAGAGCCUAAAGAAAUGUUCAUUCUGCAUCCCGCUGUCCUUUCUGAUGCUGGUGUUUUAACUCUGUUCCGAAACAGCUCUGUUGAUGUGGCAAUCUCUAUCAUAGAUUUUACACAACAUAACGAAGCCCGUCUGUGGUAUAAGUGUUUCAUAAAGAACUUGGAGCCUGUAUAAAGGGGCUGUAAUUUAGAGAUAGCUGUUAACAAAUCUCCUUCAAAGGAACAUCAUCUGGAAACAAUGGUGACUGUUUCUUUACUUCCUUUAGGUCAAAACAUUACAAACAAGUACAUGCAUGCAGCCAGGCUUUGACUUGCGUCUGCAAACAGGUCUCUCACUUCAAACACCAUGCCUGUUAAUUUGCCUGUGCAGAGUUCCAUUAAGGAACUCUGCUCUAUUUGGUGAUAUUUGCUCUGUGAUGACUUUUCCUUCGAGUUUAUAUAAAUAAUUUGAGGAAGAAUACAAAGGGACUGUCAUUCCCUCUGCGCUUAUCUGUUUCCUUGCACUACAUGUAGACACUCUCGAGCCACAAAACGCGUUUUCUCCCCCUCCUCCCUGUUUGUUAAAUGUCAUCCAUCUGGCAGCGUUCCCACUACAACACAGCAUCUGUCUUCUCAACACAUGCUUAAAGAUGGUGUUUGUGCCUUCAGUGUGAUGGAUUUAAAUAUGGAAGAGGAGUUCUAAAAGUGCUGGGAAUACGCUGGGAAUAAAAGUGUGGGAAGAUAAGCCACAAGGGGACUCUGCUGCUGUCUGUGUGCAAGUGAUUGGAACAAAUCCUGGUGAAAAUGGAAAAAAAAGCAACAGGGAAAGAGACUGAGCCACUGACUUGCAAGAAAGAUGCUUCAGACUGUAACAAAGGAGAAGACUGUAAAGAGAAUGGACUUCUGGUCAGGAACACUAAAUCUGCCCUGCGCCUGGUGGAGGAUAGCAACAAAGUCCAUCCCAACCAGGGCGAUAAAGGGCAGGCAGCUCAGGUCUCAAAUGGGUAUUCAGGGGGGCAGAGCUCUGCUCCCUGCAACGGCAUGGGAGAGGUGGAGGAUGCCCAGUGCACUGCCCCAGCAGCCACCACCACCACUACAACCACCACUUCCACCACCUGCGGAGCAGAAGGCCAGCAGCAGCUGAUGGAGCUGGAAGAUAGAGAGACCUGGAGUAAAAAAAUUGACUUUCUACUCUCUGUCAUUGGCUAUGCAGUGGAUCUGGGGAAUGUGUGGAGAUUUCCUUAUAUAUGCUAUCAGAACGGAGGAGGGGCAUUCCUCAUUCCUUACACAAUUAUGGCCAUCUUUGGAGGGAUUCCUCUCUUCUAUAUGGAACUAGCACUAGGACAGUACCACAGGAAUGGGUGUAUUUCCAUUUGGAGAAAAAUAUGUCCUAUAUUCAAAGGAAUUGGCUUUGCCAUCUGUAUAAUAGAUCUUUACGUAGCCUCCUAUUACAACACCAUUAUGGCUUGGGCCUUUUACUACCUCAUCUCCUCCUUCACGACGGAGCUGCCAUGGACCAGCUGCACAAAUGCCUGGAACACAGGCAACUGCACAAACUACUUCAGCAAGGACAAUGUCAGCUGGUCCCCACACUCCAUCUCUCCUGCAGAAGAAUUUUAUACACGCCAAGUUCUACAGGUGCACAGGUCUGAUGGGCUGGAUGACCUGGGAGGCAUUAGCUGGCAAUUGACCCUCUGUUUAUUGCUAAUCUUCACCAUCGUAUACUUCAGCAUCUGGAAAGGGGUCAAAACAUCUGGCAAGGUGGUGUGGGUAACUGCCACAUUCCCUUACAUCAUACUCUUUAUCCUGCUUGUGAGAGGUGCAACACUGCCCGGGGCUUGGAGAGGUGUCCUCUACUACUUGAAACCUGACUGGCAGAAACUCCUGGCCACUGAGGUUUGGGUGGAUGCAGCAGCUCAGAUUUUUUUCUCCCUUGGCCCAGGUUUUGGGGUCCUAUUGGCUUACGCCAGCUACAACAAGUUCCAUAACAACUGCUACCAAGAUGCUCUGGUUACCAGCACCGUGAACUGUGUGACUAGUUUUGUGUCUGGAUUUGUCAUUUUCACCGUGCUGGGAUACAUGGCUGAGAUGAGGAAUGAAGAUGUAUCAGAGGUUGCUAAAGAUACCGGACCCAGCCUCCUCUUCAUCACAUACGCUGAGGCCAUUGCAAACAUGCCUGCUUCCACCUUCUUUGCCAUCAUCUUCUUCCUGAUGUUGCUCACGCUGGGGUUGGACAGCACGUUUGCAGGACUAGAGGGAGUGAUUACUGGAGUCCUGGAUGAAUUCCCCCAUGUCUGGAGCAAGCGCAGGGAACUGUUUGUCCUUGGUCUGAUCAUCAUUUGCUUCCUGGGGUCAUUAGCAACCUUGACAUUUGGAGGUGCAUAUGUGGUAAAGCUGUUUGAGGAAUACGCCACAGGUCCGGCUGUCCUAACCGUCGUGUUUCUGGAAGCGGUUGCUGUGUCCUGGUUCUAUGGCAUCACCCAGUUUUGCAACGAUGUGAAAGAAAUGCUAGGCUCUGCCCCAGGCUGGUACUGGCGAGUUUGCUGGGUAGCGAUUAGUCCCAUCUUCCUUUUGUUUGUCACUUGCAGCUUCCUGUCCAACCCUCCUGAGCUACGGCUUUUUGAUUAUAACUAUCCCUACUGGACCACAGUAGUGGGUUAUUGCAUAGGAACCUCUUCUGUCAUCUUCAUUCCAAUCUACAUGGUGUAUCGGUUGGUCAUCACACCAGGAACAUUUAAGGAGCGUAUUCUGAAAAGCAUUACUCCCGAAACAGCUACAGAAAUUCCUUUUGGAGACAUCCGCAUGAAUGCAGUAUAAGCUAACCGGGGGGGAGCACAAAAUGUGACUUUCCCCAUCCUCUUCCCCAAAAAAAGAAUUUAGUUUCCAGAUAAGACAAGAAAUGGAGUUUUCCACGGAGAUGGCAUCACUGACAACGGGCAUCUGGAAACACGGUGCCUCCAGCACACAUAUCCAAGCAAUUCAAGGAAAUCUCCAGUGCACUUCUAACCAGCCUGAACUGACAGAGAGCCAACGCAUACUGGGAACACACGGCUGUCUGUGUGCAUGAGAAUACCACUACUCCAUGCUCUGGGGCUGUCAGAAAGUGUGCAUGGCUGAGUAAGCCACUAAAGGACAAGUAUCAGCGGGUAGGAUUAGGUGUAGAAUCCCAAGUCUGUGGCAGUGCUCCUGUAUCUUCCUCAGUGUGAUCGUUUGUACUGGGCAAUGUCGUAUUCGCUUUUAAGGUUCUAAUUGCUUAAACUACAUUGAAAAAUACAAAGAUAUUUCUGAUAGCCAUAAAUGUAUGACUCAAGUAACACAGGGUUUUAUAAACUAGCCAAAAAAAGUAGUAUACCCAUAGGUUUGUAAUGGAGUAGAGAGAGGAAGAGGAAACUGAGGAUUCUGAGCAGCACCAUAUACAGCUCUGCAUACAUCAGCACACACGGUUGGUGGCAUUAUCCUCCUUUUCAUUACCAGUGUCUGCUCUUCCUUGUGUAGUAAGUACUACAAAAGCAAAGCAUUCUUUGUAAUGUGGUAGGCUUCACUUUCCUUUAGACCCAAUAAAGCCACAAAAACUCAUCAUGGGUUACUUCACCCAACAUAACCAAAGAAACUACAGACCAA